AUGGACAGAUUGGGACUGUCUGUGGAUGUUUUGCCCUGGGAGCCUGGGGACUGGCCAAAAGCUUUCGCAACAUCUCCAUACAUGAGCACCAAGGCUUUGGUCAUCUAUCGUGGCAUCGUGGCUGUGGUCUUGAUAGGACAUGCCCUCGUGCACUUCGUCAAGUGGUGGCCACAAGACGGAGUGUUGUACUGGAUCUACUUGUCGCGCUGGAUCACUACUUUGGAAGUGAUCGAGGAAAUCCUGUACUUCGUUGUGACCUUGUGGGCGGCAAAGCGGCUCGGGGUCAACGCCCCGUCAGAUCCCGUCCCGUUCAUGGUGAAGGUCGUGAUAGCGUUGUUCUGCGCGCUGAUGCCAGCUUCCGUCCUGUCUACCAUUCUGUAUUAUGCAACGCAGCCCUUCCCGCCACCAGGGGUUCCAUAUGUGAGUCUUUUCGUGCACGGUGGGGACGUGAUCUUGCUCCAUUUGACUUUCUUCCUCAGCCGCUUCCCCUUCUCCAUCCGAAAGAUCGGUUGGAUUGCCCUUGUGGGCUGGACAUAUACCGUUUGGACAUUGAUCCAUUUCUUCGCAAAGAUUGGUCGCCCUGAACGUGAGCCUUGUGAACCUGCUCCUUUGAAUGAGUGCCCCAUCUAUGAGCCGCUUGAUUGGCGCUACCCUCUACGGACAAGCAUCCUUGUGGCUCUCGGCGCCCUUGUGGGACCGCCGCUCUUCGGCAGCCUCUAUGUGUUCUUGACAGGAGCCCGGGACAGGUGCGACACCGGGGCAAAGGAGUUGCGUGAGAGGCAGCUUUUGGCACCUUAUCAGGACGAAGGUGCCGAUGAAGCCGGUCAGAAGUCAUCACGGCCUUGCCUUGCAUGUGGAUGUUCAUAA